CUCCCUUCUCUCUCUAUUCACGCGAGCUCAAGUCUGCGAUUUCCGAGAGGCAGAGUCUGCUCAGUCUAUCGGAGCAGGGAGGGGAGCUUAGAGGUUUCGAUCCGAUUCUUGAUGUCGGUUCCGUUGGUUCUUGGACUUUGAUCGGACCUCUUCUGUGGGAUUUAGUGGGUCGUCGUGUAAAGCUUCGAGCUUUCUUGGUUUCUGGUCGAAGGUAAGGUUUUGGCCGUGCUUGGAUUUAAUGGAGAGGAUCGACGAGAACGGUCGAGGCGUGAUGGGACCGGCAUACUUCCGAGAUACGGGCGGUCGAAGAGCGUUGAGGGAUAUUAACAAUCUGGUGGGAGCAGCGGCGCCGCCAUGUGCUUAUGCGAACCGCAAGAGGGGAAUGCCGGACAAGGGCAGUGUGGACGAUCAAAAUCCGACAUCUGUAGCUCGACGACCCAUGACCAGGAAAUUUGCGGCUACAUUGGAAAGAAAAUCUCAAGCUUAUCAGCAGGGGACCAAAGAACAGCAUGAACAAGUCAGGAAUGAGAUCCAGUAUGAUCCACCCUUGCCAUCAACAGUGUCAAGUUCGACCUGUUUCGAUGGUUGUACUGCGAUAGAUGUGGAUGAUUGUAAUAUGCAUUCUGACAUAGCAUUGCCCAUGGUAGACGAAAUGGAAGAAGUGGAUAACUCUGAUCUCAAGGAGAUUGAAAUGGAGGAUCUUGUCAUCGAGACAGCUCCGGACAUCGAUAGCUGUGAUUCGAAUAAUCCGCUUGCCGUCGUCGAAUAUGUAGAAGAUAUAUACAGUUUCUACAGACAAACUGAGGUUAUCUUUUUCGCGAUAAAGCAAUGUAACAGUGCACUCCUAGUUCUUCAUCAACAUGAUUGCAUUUACCUGAAAUGUACUGAAUGCACUACUGUUCAGGUUACAAGUUGUGUGAGCCCUGAUUACAUGUCUCACCAGUUUGACAUCAAUGAGAAAAUGCGAGCUAUCCUCGUCGACUGGCUGAUAGAGGUGCACUACAAAUUCGAACUGAUGGAGGAGACACUUUUUCUGACCGUAAACAUCAUAGACAGGUUCUUGGCAAGGAUGACGGUAGCGAGGAAGAAGCUUCAGCUGGUUGGAGUUACAGCCAUGCUUCUUGCUUGCAAGUAUGAGGAACUCUCCGUGCCGAUGGUAGAGGAUUUUGUUCUCAUCACCGACCGUGCUUACACCAGGGAAGAAAUCCUUGAAAUGGAAAGAUCGAUCAUCAACACAUUGCAAUUCAACUUGUCUGUGCCAACUCCUUAUGUUUUCAUGAGAAGGUUUCUCAAGGCAGCAGAGUCUGACAAGAAGCUCGAGCUUGUCUCGUUCUUCAUCAUCGAGCUGUGUCUAGUUGAGUACAAAAUGCUCAAGUUCCAGCCUUCUUUGCUGGCUGCUGCCGCGAUCUACACCGCACAGUGUUCUCUCAGAGGAUUCUUCAAGUGUUGGACCAAAACUAGCGAGCUGCACACCUCCUAUUCAGAGGAGCAGCUUCUUGAGUGCUCAAGGUUGAUGGUGGAGUUCCACCACAAGGCUGGACAAGGGAAGCCGACCGUAGUACAUAGAAAAUACAGCAGUUCCAGAUAUGGAUAUGUAGCAAAGUCAGAACCAGCUCUCUUCUUGUUGGACACUGGUCACUAGUGCCAAUGUCAGGGGGUGGUAACUUGAUGCUUCUCUCCCCCAUCAAAUCCUAAAUUUAUACCAUGGCAGAGUAUAAUUCUGUAUGAUGAUGAUGAAUGAUCUUUGGGUGCAACAGAAGUUGCAGAUCAUGCAAUGGAAAUUGCAUAGAAAAUGGACAAAUGGCCAAAAUAGUAUAAUUA